GGCGUGCGUCAGUGUUGUUGCGUUUCCUUCUCGGUAACUUCGCUCUUCGAGUUUCUCCUCUCUACCAGGAGCUGUCAAAACACUUUCUAAACUUUCACGAGUCUAACAUCCUUUAAGAUAUAAAGCUCACAUAGAGAAGAAGAAGAAGAAGAAGAAGAAGAGGAAGACGAGAACGAAAAGUGCGGAUAACCUUCGUCGUCGAAGCGCUUGGAUGAUGAAGUGUUUACGGAUUUUCCUCCCUGCUCUCCUUCUUGUCUCUGGUUUGGCAACAGUUCUGGCCGAGUCCGCACCUAAACACGUGUGUGAGACAAAAAAUGGAACAAGCUGCGACGACUGUCUGAAAAAUGUGACGUGCCUGUGGUGCACCACGACAAAGUCAUGUGUAACGUAUCCGGUGGGGACCAUCCUUCCACCUCAUUCACUCUGCGAACUAAAUGACGCCCGCUGGGGGCUCUGCUGGAUGAAUUUCCAGACGCUGAUAAUCACCCUGUCUGUGCUUGGAGCAGUUCUCAUCAUUGCUAUCAUGGUCUGCAUGUUCUGCUGCUGCAAGUGUGAGAACUUUGGAUCCAAACGAUCCGAGGCCAAGGUGCAGAGGCAGGCCAAUAAGACGAAAGCCAAGCAGGAGGAAAGGAGAGCAGAAAUGAACAAGAGACACCAGGAGAUCAGGCAAAAAUAUGGACUGAAUGGGCCAAAUCCAUAUGCAAGAUUUUCCUGAGAUCCACGUUUUGAGCUUUUGGAAACAAGGACUUUGCUGUUGAUCAGUAGCUUGGUCCCUGGUUGCAAAAAUGUGCACGGCCCAAUAUUUAAAAGGAGCUGGAAUAGUGAAAAUGUUUUCUGCAGGCUGGUCUUUGGUGUUGAUAAGCUCAUGAAUGAGUCCAUUCAAAUGAAAGCUUUCACUGAAGGUAAAACAGACACAAGUGGCUCCAAUGUUUUUUUUUUCAAAAUCAGAAGAGUUCCUAUUCAUUGUGGUUCUUCUUAUUAUUUAUUUACUUUACUUUAAUUGUGCAAAAUGGAAGUCACUCUAGAUGUUCAAAGUUAAUCAUCUUCCGCCAAACAAAAUCUGUUGUCACUGCAGUUUCAUAGUUGCUGCUGAUUUUAAAAGUAUAUUAGAGAUGACAUCCUUUUGUUAAACUGAUAUUUCUGAAAGCCACUGUGCUUGUAUUGUUUGCUUGUUCCUCUUGGAAUUGCUUUUUAACAUAUUUUUACAAAGCAUAUUCAUAAUUACUGUGGUGUGUGAAGACUUUUUCACUGAUCAUAGUCAGUUUUUGUCUAAAUCAGGGAUGUUUUACUGCUGUUUAUGUACUACAUGAAGCUACAAUCCUAAUAAAAGAUUGUAGACUACCUACUGUG